CACCGCUGUCAUUCCGUCGCCCUCAUCGCCCUCGACCCUCGGCCACUCACUCGCCUUGCAAAAUUUGUAGCAAAGCCUUUACGCACUGAUUCGAGGACAAAGCCGGGCCUGUCGCGGCCUCAAAACCCCCAGAACGACCAUCACUAGAGACACGAUACGUUCCUGUGCAGCGUAGGAAGUACACAGCGUGCCACCUGUUAGUCUCUCGCACUGGAAACAGAAUGCAAGCUGCGCUCAACACACUGCAGCACCACCAUCUCAACAGGUUUCCACAGUUGCGUCAGGUUUCGCUCCAUUCUUCUCUUUCGGCUGGGGAAGCGCGUUGCGUCGCACUCGUACGAUGCGGAACAUCCAAACGCUCAUCCCCGGCGACCGAAGAAAGCCUAUUUCAGACCGUUCGGCAGAUCCCCAGACGGGGCUGACGGCUGGCGGCUGGCGGCUGGCGGCUGACUGGCGGUGGCCUCUCUCCCAUCUCGUUUCGCACGUUUUAUUCCGAUUUCUUCCCCGGCUGGCAGCAGUCGCGACAUUGGAAACCAGCUCCUCACUCAUUUCUCUAGAGCAUCUGGAGACUGGAGCCCCUGUUCCUUGGCGACGCGCUUCGUUUGUGCGACUUCGGACAUGGCCCUUGAAAGUUGAAGCCCGUUACCAACGGACAGUGUCCAAAAUGUUUCUGCCGGCCUGCCGGUAACUUUACCACUGCGGGUGCCUCCUCCCUCACAACCCACUCCGACCCGGGGCUUGUGUCAGUGCAGCUGAGCUCAGCGCACCGGUCCGCGGCACAAACAAAAAGCAGGAGAGACUGAUGCCCUUUCGCCUCUUCCCACCCUGCAACCGCAGGACAGCGUCAUCUGAAACCCUACAUCUGACACGACGGACGCAGGUUCGAACGAUUUGGCACUGCUUGCUCAUCGCCUUGAGGGGCUCGGGCCGUGGAGGCAGCACCGACGGUCCACAGAGGCAUCAGCGGCCGGAGGAUUUCAUCGUCAAAUCGCCGCUGAAGAUGACCUCCCAGCGCAGCGGUGCGCCAUUUUCGUCAGUGGGAACUGUCGCCGCCCGGUACGGCCCCCCCGGUCACCUGAUGGCCGCUGACGACGCCACGCUGAUUUCUCCGUGUCCUCCGGAAGUCGCAUCCACUUUUCUGCCCCUGCUGUCUCCAGCCGGAGACCUCUUGCCCAGCGCGACUACGCCCGGAGUUGAUGUCAUUUUCCAACACACCUCCGUGCUGGUGUCGCCCUCGCCCCGUAUUUGUCUUGGGAGCAUGCACUCAGGGCCGGCACGGCUGGCUCCCUCUUGGUUCUUGACUUUUCUUUGUUCCCUCUCACCAACGACGUGUGACGGAAUCAGCCCGACGAUGACCAGCCCCCCGCGCGUGGACGCGAAAAUCUUCGAAAGAAUGGAUCAUCCGGGUCUUUGGUGGAACGGGGGCGGCCGGAGAAGGCCCAAACCCAUUCGGAAUCCAGCCGACACUCCGUCAUGGCUCAGGUCUGCUAGGACGAAAAAUGCUGCCGAAGCGCCUGUGAAUCAAACCAGCCGAAACAAUGGCAUCUCAUCUCUCCUCUUAUACUCACUGUUCAAACGACUGACUGGCGAUUGACACACGCCCCCCCCCCCCCCCCCCUUCCCUUCCUUCCCUUGAAUGGGGGCACGGGGACCUGGGUGGGGUGGCGUUGUGCGUUUUGGCCUUGCGGCCUUGCAACAUGUCGUUUUAAGUGGAUCUGUUCGGGAAACACUUCCGCCGGUUCCCGGACUACCGGCGCUGGCUUGAUCCACUCGGUGAAGGGUUGAACGCCUGAGAAGUCACACCGAUGGCCCCGCACCGAGCAAUCAAAAUCCCUCAUGUCCGCGGCGUCGCCUGCCGCGACGCCCGCGCGUGACGCCUGCGAACACCAUUGUGGCCCGACGGAUCUCCUGUCCCUUCACGAUAUUCCUCCCGCUGACCCUGCUGCCGUCGCAUGCGCGAAAGCAUCGUCAAUGCAAAGUCGACCUUGCCUGUCGGCCGUGAGAAUGGUUCCACGGCGUACAGGUACGGCCGAAGCAAACCCCCAUACCCGUGUGGCACCCUCCUCAUUUCCUCAUUGCCGCCCUCCCUGCUUGCGCCCCCGGCAGCAGGCGGCACCUCGGGGUUUGAACGGUAUUGUUUUUUUUUUUUUACUUUUGCACCCCUGUAAGUCAUAAAUAGCGAUCCGGACGCGGUAUCCUUACAUCGGCUCAGCUUGGUUUGUGACGUGACGUACGGAGUGGCUCUGUCCCCCGCAACUUUGAUUAUUGAGAAACCCACGGCGCCGUUGGCCUCCCGCCUACCUACUUGGCCAAUGAGGCCAAAACCGUUAUUCAUUGAUAGAAGCCAUGAAAACAUAUGUAUAGCCGAGUUUUCGGUUGGCGUCAACCCCGACUGCGACACAAAUAUUCGGAGAUAAAACCACUUCCGCCCGGGGAUUCGCCCGGGAAUUCGCCCGUUGCCACGGACAAAGCUCAGACACGGGGGAUCCUCGGCCCCUCCGGCACGCUCCCGGAUAUGUCAGCGGGAUCCUUGGCAUCCCCGGUACCAAAAGGUGCCGGGGAACACUUCUGGACACCAUACUUAUCGUACUAUUUACUGUAGCAUACCGGCUCGAUUUGAUUAAGUCUGCCCAGAUGUGCCAUGGCAUGGCUGACUACCGGGCUGCUUCUAGGCGACCACCACUGCGAGGCUGCUGGACCGCUCGCAUGAACAAUCCUUCAGAACAUCUGUCGGUGUCGGGUCUCAGUGCAGUGGUACGAACGGCGCUCCAGGUUCGCUCGCGAUUGCACAACACUACAUGAGUUGGCGUUUUUGGGGUUUCUUUUCCAUUCUUGUACGCGUUCUCCUUUUGACACUUUACACAGUACAAGCACGAAAGUUGUGAAGCGGUCCGAGUGACCAGAAUA